AACCUGUGUAUCCAGCAGACGGGAUCAGACGAGUCGCACACUGCUCUCGUAUGACCCUGCGACAUGGCAGCUCCACCCGCUGAUUUACUGACCGACUCUAUCCCCGCCGCCUCCUCCUCUGCGGCGGAAGGCAGUUUUUCUGGAGGGGGGGCGGGGCGCGCGGGCUUGACGUCAACGGGCUUGACGGGUAUAGGCUUCACGGCGGCCGGCCGGCGCAAUCCGCUGCGCGGGAAGAAGGCGGGCACGCCUGCUGUUGGCACCACGGAGCGCGCACUGAACUCCGCGGAGCAACCAGCGGCGGUUGCCGUGCAUGCGGCGAAGAAGCAUCUCGUGUCGUACGGCCAACUCGCCAGGAGCCUCAAGGAAGCAGCCGGAUCCACGGACCAGAAGAAGAGGCAGCAGCUGAUAGCUCUCGUGUUCCCAAAGCUUGCGGUCUACAACUCCGUUGACCCCUCCCUCGCCACAGCUUUGCUGCUGCUGCUGCAAGGGUCGUCCGACGUGGCAGUGCUGCGCUACUGCUACUACUUCCUCGCGCGCAUCCUCACAGAGAGCGCCGCCGCAGCCAGCUACAAUGAGGGCGGGGGCGUGCCAACUCCCAACUGGGACACCUUGGCCGACGCCUCUGCAGAUGGAGCACAAGCCGCCACGCGAGCAGAGCUUUUAUCUCUCAUACUCUCUCGUCUUGCCACUGAAGCAUCCACAACCGAUGUCGCUGCUCACCCGCGGCGCAUGGCAGCGCUCAAGGCGCUGGCAUGUGCGCCCAUGGCCGACGAGGACGCCUAUGCCGCCCUCGUCCGCAUCAUCCUCGCCAUCCUCGACUCGGUGACGGAGGACCGCAAGAAGCGGCGGCGGUGGCGGGAGCUGCUGCGGCGCGGCGCCAAGGCCAAGGACGCGGCGCUGCGGGGCAACCUCUUUGGGGCAGCGCUCUCCGCGCUGCGCCGCCUGCCGCUGGACCCCGCCUCCGACGCCUUCGUCGAGCGCGUCGUGCUGGGCAUUGGGUGUCCGGAUGCGGUGGGUCUGCGCCACGCGCUCUCCAUGGCGGCUGACGUCGCCCUCGUCAACCCGCUCGCCCUCGCCACCUCCAUCUCGCGCCUGGCGGGGGGGUCGUUGGCGGUGGCUAUUCGGGCGCCGGACAUGUUUGCGCGCCUCUACCUCGCGCGCCUCUGUGCUGCCCUCGUCCACGCCUCGCAGAUCUACGAUCGAGCUGAUUUCCGCGGGCUCUUCUCGGCGUUCCUCUUCCAGCUGCUCUACGACGCCAACGUGCGCGUGUGCCUCGAGGCCAUCUGCUGCAUCUGCGCCGCCUUCUCCGCUAAAGUUGAGCCAACCACAGCGCAGCGGGCAGACGGGUGGCAGAUUCUGACCACUUCGUUGAUGGACACGCGGGGGGCGGCGCGGGACCUGGCGGGCGGCAAGGGUGGGGGCUCCAAGGAGAAGGAAGCCAUGCCGCUGCCGCCCUCCUACGACCUCGUGCUCAAGGUGGCAGCCCACCGUGUGGACUACGCGCUGCGCAGCACGUCCCGCCCCAUGCUGCACGCAGCGCUGCGCGCCGUGGCGGAGGUGGGCAAGGCGCGCGCCGCGGCGCUGUCGCUGGGGCUCUUCACAGAGGCGCCGCAGGUGCCGCAGGAUGACGCCAACGACUUCCAGCAGGCGAUGGGCAAGCAGCAGGCGCCCAAGGAGAAGGCGACGGUGGACUCGCUGCUGGCGGCGGUGAUGGAGGCGGUGCGCUGCACCGUCGCAUGCGAGUGCGUCUACGUGCGCGCCCAGGCCAUCAAGGCGAUGAUCUGGAUGCAGAGUGAGUACGAGGCGAGUGACGAGCUCAAGGCCACCCUCAUGGGCGAGCUGGACGACCCCGCCUGGCCCGCUGCGCUGCUCAACGACCUCCUGCUCACCCUGCACGCGCGCUUCAAGGCCACGCCCGACAUGGCGGUCACCAUUCUGGACCUUGCCAGCCUCUUUGUCACACGCGUGCCCUCCAAAGUCGACACCACCACGCUGCAGGCCCUCUGGAAGACGUGUCUGGUGGGCUGUGGGCCGCAGGGCAAGCACCUCGCCCUGGAGGCCGUCAGCACGGUGCUGGACCUGCCCCCCCCUCCCCCGCCCACGCUGCCCUCCUCUCCUGGCGCCACUGCUGCUGUCGGCCUGGCAUCCAUCUCGCACCCGCGCUCCGCCAUUGCUCUCCAGCGCAUCGUGCAGGCUGCUAUCUGGUUUCUGGGUGAGAAUGCCAACUUUGCUGCGGGCGAGUACGCGUGGGAGAGUGCGACGCCGCCCGGUGCGGCGCUGAUGCUGCUGGAUGCCGAGCGCAUGGUGGCGGCAGCAGGGGUGCGCAACCCCACGCUCGCCCAGGCCAUGCAGCGCCUGCAGCGCUGCGCCACCAGCGGCGCCUGGGAGGACCGGGUGGUGGCGGUGUACGCGCUGAUGACGGUGGCGCUGCGGUCGGGAGAACCGUACCGCCUGCAGAUCUACGAGUUCUUCCACGCGCUCUUCUACGGGGGGGGCUCCUCCCGCAAGGUGCGGGGCAUGGCGCUGGGCGUGUCGAACGGGGAGGACCGGGGCGCCAGUGGCACGGGGCUGGGUGGCAUCAUAGCGCCCAUGCUGCGGGUUCUGGAUGAGAUGUACCGAUGCCAGGACACCAUGAUGCGGGACAUUCGGCUGCAUGAGUUCAGCGGCGAGGAGUGGCAGGAGGAGCAGCUGGAGCGCAUCUUCGACAUGCACGAGCGCCUCAUGGACCUCGCGCUGCUCUUCUGCUUCGUGCCGCGCCACAAGUACCUCCCGCUCGGCCCCAUGAGUGCGCGGCUGGUGGCGCAGUACCGGGUGCGGCGGGGCAUGGAGGCGGCGGUGGGGCGCAGUGAGGCGGAGCUGCGGGCGAGUCUGGAGGGGCUGCUGCGCCACACGGGCGCCGCGCCCAAGGACGCCUCGCUCUUCCCGCCGCUCACCCUGCUCGAGCCGCUGCCCGACUUCCCUGCAGCCGGGGCCCUCAAGGUGCCUGACAUACUAGGAGGCGGCAGGGACGAGAGUGUGUCGGUGCCGGCCACGCCGCGGCGCUACGAGGGGCUGGCGAGUGCGUUUGACGCGGUGGCAGGGGAGGCCGGCCUGGCCAGCAAUUUCGACGACGUGUACGCGUCAUCGCUGCUGGAGGCGGACGACGAUGCUGAGAGUGAGGUGUCGGAUGGUUCAGCGUCGCCCACCCCCUCCACCACAGCGCAGGCGUUUGGCAACAUCCGCAGCUGGGAUGAGGAGAGCCUGUCGGAGGACAAGGGGGGGAAGGAAGCAUCAGCAGGGCAGGCAGCGGGGCGGGCGCAGGGCGGCGAGGAGGAGGAAGACGAGGGGUACGACUACGAGGCGGAGAUCCGCAGGCGCGCGGGCGGCAGUGGCGCCAAGCAGAGGGGGCGCGCUCUCUACGCCUUCAUUGCAGGCGACGAGGACGAGCUGCCUUUGAGUGUGGGCGAGGAGGUGGAGAUCGAGUACGAGGCAGACGGCUGGUACCAUGCCAGGAAGCUCAAUCCAGGGGCAGACGGCAAGCUGGCGGGCUUCGUGCCCGUGCUCUACUUGGACACAAGGUGAUGCUCGCACCCUGGACACGAGGUGAUGCCCCGCACCCUGGACACAUGCUGAUGUCUUGUGCUGUUUGGGGCGUUCAAGUGGAGGUGGAGGGAAGAGGCGCAAGAUGGAUUGACGCGAGAAGUGAGCGCUGGUGGUUCACAAGAGAUUAGGCUUGCUGUGGCAGAUACCAUGGGAAAGUUCCAUGGAUGGAUACAAAACGACUUUUCAGCAUUUUCAGCUUCGAAAUUGUUUUCAAUGCUUGUACAGUUCGUGCUUGGAUAGUGUAAGUUUGUGCAACU